AUGUCUGUGUUAUCGUUGAUAAUCAAUUCCGCGUCGCUGGUGCUGACCUCCUGGGGAGUGUCGAACGCCGUGAAGCUGACGCUGCCCCCCAAUCUGCAGUUGGCGGGCCAGAAACAGUUUUUGACGAUCCUCGGGGCGUCGCUGACGAUCGUGACGAACGUGAUCGGGAUCGGCUACUCGCUGCUGGGCGGGGACGGCGGGCUACGGUAUGUGUCGCGCGAGGUGUUUCUGCCUGCGGCACUGGUGCUGGAGUCCGUGGUCGCGCUUGUUUACUGGCCGCUGCGCGUGUUCUUCGUGAACAUGAUCUACCACGGGCUGCCAGAGGGUGCUUCGCCGGAGAUCACGGUGCCCGUGGACCUGUGCAUCCACCUGGUACCCGUGGCGGGCCUGCUGUUGGACUACUUUCUGGUGCAGCAGGGGCCGUUCCAGAUGGGCCGGCUACCGUUCUGGCUGCUGGUGACGGCGAUGGGCGUCGGGUACAACCGCUGGCUGGGGCACAUCAUCCACGCGGACCUGGACCAGAGCUACCCGUACCCGUUCCUGGACGUGGCCGAGCCGUACCGCACGCUGAUUUUCGGCGUGAUCACGACCAUUGCGUGGGGGUUCUACGUGCUGUACCAGACCCUGCACGGGCCGGCGGCAGGCGGCGGCGUGGGCAAGCAGAAGCUGAGCUAG